AUGGGAGUACUCUACUUCUUUCUUAGUUUGAAAAUUAAGCAAACUAAGGAAGGUAUUAUGAUUCAUCAGCAAAAGUUCAUUAAGGAACUGGUGAAGAAAUACAAGCUUGAAAAUGCAAAACCAAAUAAAACUCCUAUGGGAAUAUCUACCAGACUGGAUGAGGAUCCAUCUGGAAUUUGUAUAGAUCAAACUAUGUAUAGAGGUAUGAUAGGUUCUCUAAUCUACUUAACUGCCAAUAAACCUGACAUAUCUUUUAGUGUAGGUUUAUGCGCCAGGUUCCCAGCUAAUCCAAAGGAGUCUCACCUUAAAGUAGUGAAGAGAAUUCAUCGUUACUUAAAAGGAACUAACAAUUUGGGUCUCUUCUAUCCUAGAAGCGACUCAUUUGAUUUAAAUGGUUUUACUGACACUGACUAUGCAGGUGGAUUGGUUUAUAGAAAAAGCACAUCAGGAGAAAUCCCCAACUGUAACCCCACUGAAAACCCUCCUACCUCUUCUACCUCAACCAGAAACCCUAAGGAGAAGAAAUUGAGUGAGAAGGAAGAAGAAAUUGUAGAUAUCUUUGCGAAGUUGAAGGAAUUGAAGGAGAGGAAAAAUAGUGAAAGAAAUGUUGAAGGCCACAUCAAGGAGGUCGAAGACUUUGCGGCCGGAAUUACUUAG